GGGGAAGAGGAAGGGGAGGGCUUCAGAGGAGGAGGUUAAGCAGAAGAGAUUAAUACUUGCAGUGCAGAAAACCGAUUGAUCCUUCUGUGAUCUCCGAUUUUCUGUUUGAAGUCCGGCCAGAUCUGUUCUGUGCGUGGCUGGAUGUUCCUCAGCUUGGGUAGCCUUUCUCUCCAAUCUGUGCUUUCGUUAUAAAAGGUAUUGUAAAUUUAGCAAGUAACGGAUCAAUGCGGGAAGAUCUAUUUGGGUAGUAUCGCGUGCACAUCCCUCUGUGAUGGCUGCUUAGAUCUCAUGGUCACCCAUUCCUGCUUGCACGGAUCAGACUGAGGGGCAGCCAUCCAUAGCGGUGUGAUGCCUGCAGCUGUGGCUGCACACCUCUGUUCAGAAGGGCUGGAGCUGCUGGAAGGGUUUGUCAGAGGGAACUUGCAGAGCGUGGUGUGGCUGAUACACUUGCUGCAGUGAUUUGAUUACUUAUGAAUUGGGAUAAAUUGGCUGCCGGGAUGGGCUGUAAGUGCUGUCUCUACAGCACGAUGCAACUGUAUUCUUUUUUUUUAUUUUAUUUUUCUUUAAACUGGUAUCAAAACCAACCUCUGCAUCUCUGGGGACUGAGCACUGCAGAAGCUUGUGCUGGAGGUUCUCACGUUAGUGAGGAGCUGCUUAGAGAUAAGGGUGUGCAAAAUGCCUGACAUCAGCGGGCAGCACUGGGUAAUGAAAUGCAUCCCGUCCUCUAAGAGACGCACCUGAAGAUCUCCCUAUGCCUGCAGCUCUGCUCCCAACCCCUCCAGCAGCUGUGUUGCCAUCAGUUGCACUUGGCUGUUACUGUUUGUUGCCUCUAUUCCUGGAAAGGCAAAGCCUGUUACAGUCUUGUGUUUUUUUUUUUGACAGUACUGCUGCCCACACUUCUGUUUUGCUAACUCGGCUGUCUGAAACUUGAUGCUCUCUUGUAGGAGGGGAAAAUAUUUACAAUGCAUUUAGCUCUCAGUGAAGUGUCACAGCUUAAAGAAAUGUGCAUUAGCUCACCAGGUUUAAUUUGGCUAGCUUGUCCACACGUCAUUUUUUCCCUCCAGCAUGGGGCUUCUUGCUGUUUUCAUGGUGUGGGAAGAGUCCCCACAGGGCCUUUGGUCAUGGCAGAGUCUAAUCCAAAAGGAGUUGAUGGGAGAAAUGUACUGGUUUGGACAGUGUGCUCCUCAGUGGGAGGAACGUUACAGCUCACCUAUGCUCUUUAUUCUGUGUGUGUUGGCUUUGUUCAUUAGAGGUAUUUGUGCUUUUCAGGAGCAUUUCUGUUGUUACUUGCAGUGAUGAUGAGGCUCAGAGUUAGACAGCUGAAGAUGAGAAAAAGGGUUCAGGGCUGGGGUUAGGAGAGGGGCUGUUUCUGUAUCAGUAACAGGCUUGGUGGCUGGCACCUGGUGUGAUACGCUGCCUGGGAUAAAAAUCAGUGGGGGGAACAGCUUUCUGGAGGCUGUCACACAGCUUGAAAUGCCUCUGCCUGGCUUUGGCAGAACAGGGCUGAACCGUGGGGCGACUGCUGGGGGAGCUUGGGGGAGCCCAUGGUUGGUAUUUGAAGAGCUGACUCUUGAAUGUGUAUGGGCCUGUCUUCUGACGAGCUUUUAAAUGUGAAAGCUCCCCGUGAAUUGCAGGCUCUGGUUAAAUGAUGGCGUGAGGUAUCUUUAAAAAUAGCAGAUGUAUUUUGUGUCUGGUCAAAUAAGGCUCUUGGCAUUCCAAACUUGAAUGAAAUCUGUGUUGACUUGCAUCUGACAGCUCCGAUUCUGUGUUACUUGGGCAGGAAAAUUGCUUUCCUCCUUCCCCCCCUUGCAUUCUGUGGUGGCUUGCAACAAUGAGCAAUCUUGUGCUGGGUUUGCUGUGGGAGACCCGCAUCUGUAACUCUGUAAGCACGCUUCAGUUCAGCAGUUUAAAAAUAGCUGCUCUGAUGCUUAAACUGAGGCAAAUUAUAAUUUGGGGAAACUAAUUUUUCAGCGUGAAACGGUCUGUUGAACGCUUCUGCAGCUCGUUUCUGUGCACUUCAGUUUGCCAGAUUAACGGAGCUAUUAAUAAUUGCUGCUCUCGCCUUGUCGGAACGAGAGCUGGUAAGCACAGAGCUGUAUGUAGUUUGUGUUUUUAAUUAAACUUGUCCUGGGAUUAUCUCGUAUUACCAGUUACCUUCUAGAAGAUUACGUUCAUAAAAGGUUCAUCAGUGGUGAAGUGGAAGAGAUUAAAGCGAUUGUUGGCACGUUGGUCAAAUUAUUUGUUGCUUACGCGGCGUUUGUGCUCAGCUUCAAUUUGCCAGUAAUGGCAGACAAGCAAAAUGCAGGCGUCUGAGUUGUCAGUCUGAUGUAGCCGAGCAAACCAAGCUGUGCUGGGAAGCACUUGUCUCUUAAAUAUAUAAUAAUAACAGUAAUAAAGGGGGUUCAGUUGUUUUCCCUUUCAGUAUUUCUAAAGCAGUUCAGGUUUUGGUGUUUGUGUGGUUGUUUCGUGGUGGUUGUCUUAAUGGUGUGAUUGGGAAGGUGUUCUAUUCAAGAAUGGCAAACCCUGCCCUGCGUAAGGCACCGAGGGCACAAAUGAGUGUGGAGAGCUAAUGAAUGUAUUCUGGGAAGAUUGCUUCAAUUACAGCAGGCCUGUAAAUCCUCAGUGCUGGGGUCAGGCCUUGUGGAGAACAGAAGGAAUCCUGGGCUUAGGUAAUGUGUCUGCAUCGGAUGCUGGGUGUGAUGGUACCAUCCAGAUCUGUUUGGAGUUAACUGUGACGUACACUGGUAACGAAUGCAGUGGGUGCUUCUUAUCAAAACACAUUAACAAGCGUUGCUGCGCUUGAAUGCCUUUCGUUGUUAGGGGUUCCCAUUCAUCCUAAAGCAGUAGAAGUAAAUGGCAUCCAUUCUGUGCUGAUAUAAACAACUCCUCCAUGCUGCACAAACAGUGGUGGUAGUUUGGGUAAACAUCUGUUUAGCUUUUAAUAAUGGGUACCAGGCAGGCUGUGGAACUUUGAGCUACGAGGGGAAAACAAGCACAGGAGACAAGGAUCUGACGAGUUUUAUGGCCUCUGUGUCUGCUGAUACAUAAAGGUAACGUAUGGGAUGAAUUCUUACGAGUCAGGUAAGUCGUUAAUGGAUGUAUUAAAACCACAGAGUGCAGUGGAAUGUGGUGCUGUAGAAAUGCAUCGCACUGCGGUCAGGGCCUCAUUUGUGAGCUGGUGAUGCUGAGGCCGCUGUUCCAAAAUGAUGAUUCUGAAACUUGAUGUCAGCACUAACUCCCAUACGCUUAUCUCAGGUUGGGAGGCGUGUAAGAUGACUGGCAGUUCUAAUUGAUGUUGUGUUAACAGCACGUCCAGUUCAGCUUUGUCUGGCCCCCUCUCCAUCCCAUAAUGGCGGUUGCUGUUUGCUGUUGGCUGAGACACGUGCCCAGCUUGCUGAAUGUAGGCUUGUUUGCUGUGACUGCGUUGAGAAGUCCUGUAUUGAGUGAGGUGUGUGGGCUCACUGCGACAGCUCACACAGCAGCCAUCGUUUGUGGUGUUCUGCUUGGUGCUGGGAAUGCACAAUCCCUGUCUGUUUAAAAAACAAAGCCUCCUCCAAAAGCAGGCUUUCAUCACACAACUUCUGGUGAAUGCAUCACUGUUUAGAACCAGAACUAUUUUCCUGUUCAUGCAGAUGGGCAAAACGCAGACGCGGUGGCAGUUUGCUCAGUGAAGGAACUGCUGUGGAUGGGAAGGCUGAACUUUGAGUUGAGCACGGAGAGCACAGACGUGCCUGAACUUGGUCCUGCUGGUUGUAUUGGGCUUUCUGUCUUCCAAAUGGAGCAGCUUUGAGAAGAAUGUGUCAUAGGGGAACAUCAAACCCAAAAAAACUAGCAUCAGCUCUGCGUUUAGUGUAUAUGAACUCAAUCAUUGAGGUUUAGCAAGGCAGAGAUUUGUUGGGAUUCUAAAAUACGUACUGUAUUGAAUACGUAAUGCAAAAGGAAAACCUGUUUUCUUAACAUAAGGACGUGAAAAUGGAACCAGCUGCAACGUUGUGCCACCCAGCCACUGCUUUGACACUGAGCUCUUAGUGGUACGUUAAAAACGGAUGCCUUGUUCUCCUCCUCACCUCCCACUGCACUCUUAAUUCUCUUGCAGUUCUCAAAAGUUUUUAUAGAACAACUGUUCAGGCUUCUGUGUUUGUUUUUUUUUUUUUUUUUUGUCUAGGCUUAUAUGGAGUCCAGAGAGUGAGUUUGUUUAGGUAGGGAGAUGCUACGAGCAGUUGUGUUCUGUAAUUAGUUGAAUCUGUGAGCAGGAGAACUGCAGACGUCCAUAAGCUCCAACAAAGCCUGUGAUAAGGAGUAGGAUGUCCCUUGGCUGCAGCAAAAUCGUUCCUAGGAUCAAGUAAACAAUAUAUGAAACUCAGCUAGUAAAAGGCAAAAUAAAUGUGUAAUUAUAUCACAAAUGCAAGACAGAUGUUGGGAACCCAGGGAUUAUCCAGGGCUGGUAUGAAAAGCAUGUAACAAUCUGAUGCUUGUUUGAACCAUAUGUUAGCUCUCAAAUGUGAGUUAUGUAUCACUGGAACAGUUCAGGAUACUAAAAAAACAUGUCCCUUUACUUUCCUCCUGAGGGUUAGGGAAGUAGAGGGGUUAAGAGGAGAUUUACAGGGCUGUCAAAGUGUCCUGCAAGGACAGGAAACGUUUGAAUUGAGCAGGACACAGAGCAGUCACUGUGACAGAUCCUUGUGCCCCAAUGGCAGCGUGUGAGUAGCUGGGCAUGGAGGAUCCUGCUGUGUCACUGCUGAGACCAAGGGGCUUCCUACAGCUCCCCACGUGGUUUUAGGUCCAACUGUGAGCUCUUGGUUUUGUUUAUAAGACAUAUAGACUGUGACAUGCAGCUAUGUUUGCGUUCUUACUGCAGUAGAUUUAAGCCAGUAGGAAAUGUGUUUUAGGACUGGUCCACGCUGCCCCAAAAUAACCCCAGCCAACUUUUUGUCUGCAAGUCAUAGAGCCUUUUUAUUUUCCUAGGGAAAAGUGCAGCAAGCCUCGUGCUCCAGUUGUCAACCCCAGGUUAAACACACAGUAAGAUGACAUGACUGAGCGCGCAGCGCUUUCUCUUCUGAUGUGUUGUUUGACUCUCGUGUUUGCAUACUGGUGUGUUUUGGCAGCUUUAUCUUGAAGCGAAUAGUUCAAGGUUUCUGAGAUGCACUGAGGAUUGCUCAUUCUGCGUGCGUUGUGCUUUAUUGUAGCUCAGUGGCCGUGUUCAAUUGAAUGACACCAGCACCUGGCCUUGUUGUGAGCGUUUCCCCCUUCCCACUCGCUCUGUUCUGCUCCCUUUUCUUGCAGCAGGGAAGUGGAUGCUGGGCAGCCCGAAGCUCUGCUGCAGUAAGGUCUGCUCAAGUGCCUGUUGGCUUCCUGGGGCACUUAGCCUUUCAGAGGGCAAAUUAAGAACCUUUUUAAAACGCUGGGGUUGUUGGAGUGGUUGAAUUUUUCCUGGAUUUGAGUGAGAAAUUCAGAAGACUGAAGCCCAGGCUCACUGUCUACCUUUCACGGAGGCCCAGCCGUGAGAGGACAGAAGAAGGCACGUGGCGAAUCAUGACAGCGGACAAAGAAAAAGACAAAGACAAAGAGAAGGACAGGGAUAGAGACCGGGACAAGGAGCGAGACAAGAGAGAUAAGGUGAGGGAGAGCGAGAACUCGCGUCCUCGUCGGAGCUGCACGUUGGAAGGAGGUGCCAAGAAUUAUGCAGAGAGUGACCACAGCGAAGAUGAGGACAAUGACAACAACAGUGCCACCACGGAGGAGUCCACAAAGAAAAGCAAAAAGAAACCGCCCAAGAAGAAAUCCCGAUACGAGAGGACAGACAACGGUGAAAUCACGUCUUUCAUCACGGAGGAUGACGUUGUGUACAGGCCUGGAGAUUGCGUAUAUAUUGAAAGCCGCCGGCCGAAUACGCCGUAUUUCAUCUGCAGCAUUCAAGACUUCAAACUGAGUAAACGGGACCAUCUCCUUAUGAAUGUCAAAUGGUACUAUCGCCAGUCUGAAGUCCCAGAUUCAGUCUAUCAGCAUUUGGUUCAGGACAGACACAAUGAGAAUGACUCUGGACGAGAGCUUGUUAUUACAGACCCAGUUAUCAAGAACCGAGAGCUCUUCAUUUCAGACUAUGUCGACACUUACCACGCUGCUGCCCUCAGGGGAAAGUGUAACAUCUCCCAUUUCUCUGACAUUUUUGCUGCUAGAGAGUUUAAAGCGAGAGUGGAUUCAUUUUUCUACAUACUGGGCUAUAAUCCAGAGACAAGGAGGCUAAACAGUACCCAAGGUGAAAUCAGAGUUGGACCCAGUCAUCAGGCUAAGCUUCCUGAUCUGCAGCCCUUUCCUUCCCCAGAUGGUGACACAGUGACACAGCAUGAAGAACUUGUGUGGAUGCCAGGAGUCAACGACUGUGACUUACUUAUGUACCUUAGGGCAGCAAGGAGCAUGGCAGCUUUUGCAGGCAUGUGUGAUGGAGGAUCCACAGAAGAUGGUUGUGUUGCAGCCUCCCGUGAUGACACUACACUUAAUGCACUCAAUACACUACAUGAAAGUAACUACGACGCUGGAAAAGCCCUGCAGCGCUUGGUGAAGAAGCCUGUGCCCAAACUGAUUGAGAAGUGUUGGACUGAAGAUGAAGUGAAACGGUUCAUUAAGGGGCUGAGGCAGUACGGCAAGAACUUCUUCAGGAUCCGAAAGGAGUUGCUUCCGAAUAAGGAGACCGGAGAACUAAUCACCUUCUAUUACUAUUGGAAGAAAACCCCUGAAGCAGCAAGUUCUCGAGCCCACCGCAGGCAUCGAAGACAGGCUGUGUUUCGGAGAAUCAAAACUCGGACUGCUUCCACCCCGGUCAACACUCCCUCCAGGCCCCCCUCCAGCGAAUUCUUGGAUUUGAGCUCGGCCAGCGAAGAUGACUUUGACAGCGAGGACAGUGAACAGGAGCUGAAGGGCUACGCCUGCCGGCACUGCUUCACAACCACCUCCAAGGAUUGGCACCACGGCGGUCGAGAAAACAUCUUACUGUGCACGGACUGUCGUAUUCACUUCAAAAAGUACGGAGAGCUGCCACCCAUUGAGAAGCCCGUAGACCCUCCACCCUUUAUGUUUAAGCCUGUCAAAGAGGAAGAUGAUGGACUUAGUGGCAAGCAUAGCAUGAGGACAAGGCGGAGUCGAGGCUCGAUGUCUACACUACGUAGUGGUCGUAAAAAGCAGCCAGCCAGCCCUGAUGGUAGAGCCUCACCCAUUAACGAAGACAUCCGUUCCAGCGGCCGCAACUCUCCCAGUGCUGCCAGCACCUCCAGUAAUGACAGCAAAGCAGAUUCAGUGAAGAAGUCCACCAAGAAAAUAAAAGAAGAGGUGUCUUCUCCUCUGAAGAAUUCCAAGAGGCAGCGGGAGAAGGCAGCGUCUGACACAGAGGAGCCCGAAAGGUCCAGUGCCAAAAAAUCCAAAACCCAAGAGAUCAGCAGGCCAAACUCUCCCUCAGAGGGUGAGGGUGAAGGUGAGAGCUCUGACAGCCGCAGUGUCAAUGACGAAGGGAGCAGCGACCCCAAGGACAUCGACCAGGAUAACCGGAGCACGUCGCCCAGCAUCCCCAGCCCUCAAGACAAUGAGAGCGACUCAGAUUCAUCCGCUCAGCAGCAAGUGCUGCAGGCGCAGCCCCAGGUGCUGCAGGCACCCAGCAGCUCCGGCCAGGCUCCUCCUCCCAUGCCCCCCAUCCCAGCCCAGCUGCCAGCACCGCUGCCGGCAGCCUCGAGUGCUUCCACGGCUCCACCGCAGGUUUCACCACCAGCAUCCCAGGCCCCCAGCCAGCCCCAGGCCCCCGCGCCGCCUCCUCCUCAUUCCCACAUCCAGCAAGCCCCUGCUUUGCACCCGCAGAGACUGCCAUCGCCUCACCCGCCCCUGCAGCCUCUGAAUGCAUCCCAGAGCCAGCCCGCCCCAGCCUCCUCGCAGCCCCACUCGCAGCCUCCGCUGCACACUCAGCCCCAGCCUGCCCCGCACAGCUUGCAGGCACAGCCCCUGCUGCCUCAUCCCGUACCCCCCCAGCCGUUCUCGCUCCCCACGCAGUCACCUCAGUCUCAGGUUCCCCUUCAGACGCAAGCGCCGUCUCACUCCCACUCUGCACUGCAGGUGUCUCAGCCCGCCCUGCCGGCCGCAGCCCCUCUGCAGCAGGCCCAGCCUCCGCGGGAGCAGCCGCUGCCCCCUGCGCCCAUGGCCAUGCCUCACAUCAAGCCUCCCCCCACCACCCCCAUCCCGCAGCUUCCCACCCCUCCAUCCCACAAGCACCCUCCUCAUCUCUCCGGCCCUUCUCCGUUCUCGAUGAACUCCAACCUGCCUCCGCCGCCGGCUCUAAAACCCCUGAGCUCCCUCUCCACUCACCACCCUCCAUCCGCACACCCUCCUCCCCUGCAGCUGAUGCCCCAGAGCCAGCCGCUGCAGUCCUCGCAAGCCCAGCCUCCCGUCCUGACCCAGAGUCAGAGCCUUCCCCCAUCUGCCUCUCACCCCCCGUCCGGACUCCACCAGGUAUCCUCGCAGCCCCCCUUUUCUCAGCAUCCCUUUGUCCCCGGAGCCCCACCGUCCAUCACCUCUCCUUCGUGCCCCUCCACUUCCACGCCGCCUGCCGUGCCCGGCAUCCCUCUUCAGACCUCCAUCUCCACAUCAGCAGCUUCUAGUGGGAGCGUGCCAGUGGUGACGUCCUGCACGCUGCCACCUAUCCAGAUCAAAGAGGAGGUCCCCGAUGAGGCUGAGGAACCAGAAAGCCCUCCGCCUCCACCACGGAGUCCGUCGCCAGAACCAACCGUGGUGGAUACGCCGAGUCAUGCCAGCCAGUCCGCCAGGUUCUAUAAGCACCUGGACCGUGGCUACAAUUCGUGCUCAAGAGCAGAUUUGUACUUCAUGCCUCUGGCAGGAUCCAAACUGGCCAAGAAGAGAGAAGAGGCCAUUGAAAAGGCCAAAAGGGAAGCGGAGCAGAAAGCCAGAGAAGAGAGGGAGAGAGAGAAGGAAAAAGAGAAGGAAAGAGAGAGGGAACGUGAGCGUGAAAGAGAAGCAGAAAGAGCUGCGCAGAAGGUAUCCAGCUCCUCCCACGAAGGCCGCCUCGGGGAGUCGCAGCUCAGCGGGCCGGCACACAUGAGGCCUUCGUUUGAGCCCCCGCCGACGACCAUCGCUGCCGUCCCGCCCUACAUCGGCCCGGACACACCUGCCCUGCGGACGCUGAGCGAGUACGCCCGUCCUCACGUCAUGUCUCCAACGAACCGGAACCAUCCCUUCUUCGUCCCCCUGAACCCCACCGACCCGCUCCUGGCCUACCACAUGCCCGGCCUCUACAACGUGGACCCCACCAUCCGGGAACGGGAGCUGCGGGAGCGGGAGAUCCGGGAGCGAGAGAUCCGGGAGAGGGAGCUGAGGGAGAGGAUGAAGCCCGGCUUCGAGGUGAAGCCCCCGGAGCUCGACGCGCUGCACCCGGCCACGAACCCCAUGGAGCAUUUUGCCAGGCACGGCGCACUGACUAUUCCCCCAACGGCAGGACCUCACCCGUUCGCUUCCUUCCACCCGGGUUUGAACCCGCUGGAAAGAGAGAGACUCGCGCUGGCAGGCCCGCAGUUACGGCCUGAAAUGAGCUACCCUGACAGACUGGCAGCUGAGAGGAUACACGCGGAGCGGAUGGCAUCGCUGACAAACGACCCGUUGGCACGGCUCCAGAUGUUCAACGUCACGCCCCACCAUCACCAACACUCGCACAUACAUUCGCAUUUACACCUCCAUCAGCAGGAUCCCCUCCAUCAAGGUUCCGCAGGACCUGUUCACCCGCUGGUGGAUCCCUUAGCAGCUGGACCCCAUUUGGCGCGCUUCCCCUACCCACCUGGGACCAUCCCCAACCCAUUGCUAGGACAGCCACCUCAUGAGCAUGAAAUGCUCCGACAUCCAGUCUUUGGUACCCCUUACCCUCGGGAUCUGCCUGGUGCCAUUCCACCUCCGAUGUCCGCAGCCCACCAGCUGCAGGCCAUGCACGCCCAGUCAGCAGAGCUGCAGAGACUGGCAAUGGAGCAGCAGUGGUUGCACGGGCAUCCUCACAUGCAUGGUGGUCAUCUACCAAGUCAGGAAGAUUAUUACAGUCGGCUGAAGAAAGAAGGCGACAAACAGUUGUAAUAAAUUAUUUAUUUGUAAUGCUGGCUAUGGAAACCCCAGUCCUUGGGAAGGAGUGGAACAUUUUUACAUACAAUAAGAGCUACAAAAGGAAAAGAAUAUCUUAUAAAGAUUUCUUUAUAUAUUUAAAACAGAAGCGACCACCCAACAAGUAGAGACUUAUCAGCAUAGCGUUCAUUUGUAGAGAAGAUUUCUCAAGACUGGUGUGGGUCUCCCUGCAUGACAACGUAUUCAGAAGCCUAUUGAAGAUACAGGACUGCGUGGAGUAUUCAGAGAACUUCCUGCAACCUUGGUUUUUUUUUCUUCCUAGUUUGUUUUUGAGUAGGUGCUAGGAUCGGGUUCACAACACGAGUCACUGUGCGUGAAGGGACACUCAGUGCAUCUAUAGCUACUGCAGGAAAAAGCAAGGAUUGCAAGUAGGUGACAUAACAAGCUCUGAAUCCAAGUGCUAUAAUAAUAAUAAUAAUAAUAAUAAAAAAAUCUACUUUUAUUUUAAUACAUUGUAGGAAAUCUUCAUAAUUUUCAAGAGAGCUCAGUUCUGCAGCAUGGCUUUUUAAGUCUGUAAAUAACUUUUUUGGGUAGAGGGGAGAAACGAAACAAAAGGAAACUCCAGAAACGUUUAUGUUGAUUUUCAGUAACAUCACACGUUGUGAAUUCCUACCUGGUAUUGACAGAAUACAGAGUUGAUUUUUUAAUAAAAAAAAAAUAUAUAUAGUUAUCCCUUUAAUUAAAGGGAACAAUGGGUAUCAAUAAUUUCAAAUGGGUAAAAGCUUGAAAUUUGGCUUGUUAUCAACAAUAAGCAUUAAAGGGAGAUGCAGGGAUAAUGUUGCAAACGACUGUUUCUGUUCUUGGUUUUUGUUUCUUCUGUUAGUGUGACAUCUCUGUUCUGCAGCUGAUUUCUGUUGAGUUGGGUUUCUCAGCAGUGCAGGUGUCCCUUGGAGCUCACUGACCCUACUUCAGGGGUUCGUCUUCAGCAUGGCCAUCAUACACCUCUUUCCUUUUACCUUUUGCAGCUGAAAUCUAACGCCCCUGGCUGUAGGCUAUCCCUGACGGGAUAACCAAAGAGUUCAAAGAAAGAACCCAUUCUGAAAUCUCUAUUUUCAAAUGCUCCAUGGCUCAAAGCAGUGCAGCCAGAACUUCAUACCGUGCAUCCUUUUGGAGGUUUGCUCUCCCUGGCCUCUUGUGUUUGAUGCAUUUUUGAGUAAGGAGGACCGGACAACUCAGUGUUCUUAAAGCUGUUUUGCAAAGAGCAGUCUGCAUUUCGCUGGGACUGUUUGAAUUCUGUUUUUAUAAGCAAAAACUUUUUAGCUGCCGCAGACGUUCUGUAUCUCAGGAACUUACUGGUUUGGGCUUCAAAUAAUACAUGGACAGUAAUAUUUACUGCCUCCAACACGACAGGUCCGUGCAGAACUCCUGUUGGUAGUUCCCUCGUGGGCAGUGAGAGGAGAGGAGCACGCAGGAGGCCAGGGAGCAUCAUUUUAGAGACAGCUCUGCUUGCUGCCCAGGCAGAAAGGUUUUAUGUGUUGUUACUGUUCGGCCAUACGUUUGGUUGGUUUGGUUUUUUGGUUGUUCUCUUUAUUUUAUUUUUUUUUGCCAGGGCAGAGGGUGGUGCAACCAAUGGACAUCUGAACCUGCUGGCCAUCUGCUUCCCCAUGUCCUCUCUCCACUCAUGAGCACUCUCUCUCUGCCGUCGUAGACUGUUAUAAAUGUGAUGGUUGUGUCAUAGGACUGUACUGAGCCACGUGCGCUGAAGCUGUGGUUAAUGACACGUUGUGAUGGAAGGCAUGCACAGUGCUUGACCCACCGCAUGGGGCUCAAACCAACCUCAGCAUCAGUGCCCAGAGGUGAACGUUACUGUAACACCCACUGACAAAUUCAAACGUUGCACCGGGGUAUUCUAGGCCCACUUAGAGCAAGAAUAUAAGGGAGAGAGAGGAGGCUGAUUUCAGUUGCUGACCUUUUGUGUCCUCUGUUGCAGAUUUCACAAUGCUAAGGAACUGCAGUAGCAUUUAAUCAGUUCCAUGCCCUGUGCACGAGCUCUGGAGAUGUUAGCAGGAGCAGCCAGUGCUGGCAUGUGGAGGCUGUGAGGUCAGUGUGGCACCCAGCAUGCUGGGCUUCCUUUGGGCACUGCUUGGCUGGCAUCUGAAAGCGAAUUACUCCUUUCUUCUGAGUAACGCUUUCACCUUUUGCUUUCGACUUUGUUUUUAGACAAACACCAAUAUUUUGUGGGGGUUUUUUGUGCCCAUCACUCAGCAAAAAAAGCACUGACACUUCCACGUGAGACCUGUGGUUAACUACAGCUUUACUCGCAGUGGCUCUCGAAGCCAUCCUGGUGUUGGAUGCCCCGUUCAAACAGCCCAGACCUCCUGGUUUUCUUUCAGAAAUCCCUCUUUUGUUCUUCCUCGGUUUGGAAAGGUUUCAGUUUUCCGUUUUGCUUUGUGUUUUUGAAGCCUCUCUUGUUCUGUGUCGUCAUGGUUGAGCUUGUUUCACCGCACCGUUACAGCAGAGUGUACAUUCUGACUGCUACGUUUAUAUAUAUCUUGAAGCUUAAUGUAUAUAUGAGUAGUUUGCCAUGGGAUAACACAGUGUAAACAGAGUAGAAACCCAGAAAUCGUGACUUCUGUGUUCUCUCCAUUUGAGUAUUUUGUAAUUUUUUUGAGAUAUUUGUGGACAUAAAUAAAACCGAGCUACACUACAGCA